AUGACUGUCUGGUUGAUUACUGGCACCACAUCAGGCAUCGGCGCCGCCAUGAUGGAGCAAUUCGCCGCUCGUGGCGACAGAAAGGCCCUUCAGGCGUACGGUCACAUUGACGUCGUGAUCAGCAACGCUGGCUUCUCGGUCCCUUGCUCGAUCGAGGAGGCAGAUGAAGCUUUUGAAAAGAAGCUGUUUCAUACCAACUUGCUUGGUGCCAUGAACGUUGUUAAGGCUUUCCUUCCUCACUUUCGUGAGCGAAGGGCUGGGACGUUUGGAUUCAUCGGUGCCGGCCUCGGCUGGCUGUCUUAUCCUCUCCUUGGACACUACGGCAUCGCAAAAGCAGGCCUAACUCUUAUCUUGCAGAAAGAAACCGCUCAUCCGGGUAUCAAGAUAGUCGUCUUCGAAGUCGGCGCCUUCGAAACAGGCAUGGGCACAAUCCGCACCGCAGACGACGAAGGCUUCGCCAACCUCCCCACGAACCCGGACUACCGCGAGGUCGCCGAGGACGCCUUUGGCAAGUUCGUCUCCGACGUGCUCACGAACCGCCCUUUGGACACCCAGAAGUUGCCGGCGGCCGUGUGGGACGUGGUCAAGGGCGAGGGCAUGGCUGCGGGCAAGCCCUUCCCGAUCCGGGUGCCUCUCGGGGCGGACGCGCUGGCUAUUAUGAGGCAGAAGUGCGAGGAGCAGCUUCAGCUAUGCAAGGAGUGA